CCCAUCAAAACAAAACAUUCAUAGAGUAGUGCCUGCCUCCUCCUCCUCCUCCCUCCCUUCCUUAUCCAUUCGGUGCUGGCAACAUCGAUGGAGUAUAUCCCCAUGCGCUAAGAAUACCCAACCAAACACUUCUCAAUCUAGAAACCUUGAAAAGGGAGGCUGAGUACAGUCUUAGGGAAUGGAGAUGCAGAGAUUAAGAGAUCUGUUUUUGCUAUGUUUGAGGUUGCAGAAAAACAAUCCUGUUUCUCUAGUUGGUGGUAAUCACACUGCUUCCCGCUUUUGCACCCGCUAAUUUUAUCUUCCCCAUUUCCAUCUCUUUCUCUUUCAAUCUCAUCUUCUUUAAAUUUCAAAAAGUCUAUGUAAUAUUUGUACAAGUAAUAACCUUUGUAAGUCUUUGUCUAGUCUAGAGAAUAUAAAUGGGGGGUUAUCAAGAAACAGGUCUGCUCUUUGAUCUUCAAACUAAACACCAAAACAAAACGAAGGGCCUCCUCCACAUUGACCACGAUGGCCUUUGCUUUGCUCAAUUCUUGGUCCUACCUUUCCGGCACCCUUUUCUUGUGAAAGUACUGGCUCGCGCCAUUGUUUUGACUCUUCUUAUGGUUUCUUUCCCCUGGCUGAAUGUGAUAGGGAAAUCAUCAUCAUCCUUUAAUAUCAAUAAUACUUAUCUGAGAAACAUUUCUUCUAAAAAUCUGAUCUUUCGUGAUCUGGCCAAAGAAGGCCUGCUCAAACAAGGCGACCGUGUUCUCUUCCUUGCUGGUAGAAAUGGCGGCAAUCAGGAAGGUAUCUACAAGGAAAUGGGCCUGGUCUCUGUUUCAGACCAAACCUUAAAAACCCCGGAUAAGGAAACAUAUGAUGUUGCAUUUGCUAAUCAUGGCGGUUUAACCGGAGAAACCUCAGAUUUAAUGAAGAAGGCUGUUAAGGUAGGUGGGAUUAUCGUGCUCCAACUCACCGGCAAUGACAACCCCGCUGUCUUUGGUUUGCCAAACACCAAAUCUGUCUACCUCAGGAAAUUCAAGUCUAUGGUCUUUCUGGCGGUGAAGAAAACAGAAGACACCGCCAAUGCCGUCAGCAGAAGCCACGGCAAGGGACGGCGACAGUUACUGGAUACGGAAUCAGAAUCCAAAUCGGGCGUUACUGAGGAUGGGAUGAGAAGCCAGAUCAGCAGGGGUUUCUGGGAACAGAAAAAGAAUCCAGAUCAGCUGUUACCAGAGAUGGAAUCAAAGGCCAGAUCGGCGGCCCUCAAGAACCUCGAAGACGUCCUGCUUGAACCGCCGAGGGCAGCAUCGGGAAAGUCAAACGCCUACAGAAAGAGGACGAGGUACCUGCCAGACCUCAUGGGGGUGUCAUUGGAGAAGUACCCGAGAAGAGUGUUCAUCGACGUGAGCUUGUCGGGAGGAGAGAAGAGCAAUGCCGGAGCUGAUUGGUUUGCGAAGAACUACCCCUCUGGGAACGCGAAGUUUGAGCUGUUCCAGAUAGAGGCAGUGGCGGGGGCAGAGUCAUCAUCUGGGCGGGAAGCCACCGGAGGGAUGUCGGAUUGGCUGAGGAAGAACGUGGAGGAGAGGGAUUACGUGGUGAUGAAAACGGAGGUCGAGGUGGUGGAGGAGAUGGUGAAGAGCAGAGCAAUUAGGCUGGUAGAUGAGCUUUUCUUGGAGUGUAAGCAUCAAGGGAUAAAGAAAGGCGGUGGUGGCGGCGGUGAGAAAAGCAGGAGGGCAUAUUGGGAAUGUUUAGCUGUGUAUGGUUUACUCAGGGAUGAAGGUGUUGCCGUUCACCAAUGGUGGGGAUAAAUAUUUAUUUUUUACUAAUUCAUGUAUGUAAAAUCAGAGGGAUAGAGUUAUCAUAACACUUUUUAGGCCUAAAAUGAUUCUAUACUGGAUGUUUUUACAAAUAUUUUCCAAUACAUGUAGAUCGUCUCAAUCCCUCCUUUAUGGAAUGAUGAUGAUAUGAAGAGCGUAUAUAUUACUAGCAUAUUAUAUAAUUUAUAUUAUAUGAGAUUUUAGCAAUGACUGAUAAGCCUUUGGCCUAUUU